AUGUCGCCAGACUGUCGGGCCACUGAUGGGUUCUCCACGGAUCAGGAGGCCAGACAUCUGGCAAGAGAAGACAGUCAGGAAUCCCAGGCUGAUAUAGUGGGUGAUCUCGUAGUUCACUGUCAGGAGGUCACUCCCAUCGCACUGACCAGGCCCUGGUGGUCGUUGCACAGAGGCGGAGGAGGAAGUGGGCUGGGGACAGUGGCAGGCCCAGGGGUGGGGGCAUGGCCAUGGGGGGGCCGCAUCCCGUCCUCCACUCUGAACAGGGACAGACGCUGGGGCUGGGGGUCCUGGGGCGGAGGUCCGUCCAGGGGAGUGCCCAGACUCUCCGAGCUCAGGCCGUUCCUGGGCGGAGGGGUGGCUGGGGCAGCGGGGGGUGGAGGUAGUGGUGGCACAGGAGGUGGAGCGGAGAAAGGAGGCAGAGUGAGAUGUUCCCGCAGAAUCUGGGUUCUCCUGGGCUCGCUGGUUCUCGUCUUUCUCACCUCGCUCUUCUACACCGUCUCAAUCCGCGGCGGUGUCAGCUUCAACUACCUGGAGCCGCCUGGGUGGGAGGAGUCCCGGCGAGUGAAGCUAGUGCCCAACUACGCGGGCACUCACCACCUGUCGCCACCCGACACUUCCCAACAGACUUGUGCCUGCCCGCGCUGUGUCGGAGACCCGGGCGUUUCCGAUUGGUUCGACGAGAACUACGAUCCAGAUAUCUCACCUGUUUGGACCAGAGACAACGUCCAGCUGCCUCCCGAUGUCUACUACUGGUGGGUGAUGUUACAGCCGCAGUUUAAACCCCACAGCAUCCAGCAGGUGCUGCUGAGACUGUUCCAGGUGAUUCCAGGAAGGACGCCGUACGGCUCGUGGGAUCCCGGGCGCUGCCUGCGCUGCGCGGUGGUGGGAAACUCCGGCAACCUCCGCGGGGCUGGAUACGGCCCCACCAUAGAUGGACACAACUAUAUCAUGAGGAUUAAUCUGGCUCCCACCGUGGGCUACGAGGAGGACGCAGGCAGCCGCACCACGCACCACUUCAUGUACCCGGAGAGCGCCAAGAACCUGGCGGCCAACGUCAGCUUCGUCCUGGUUCCAUUCAAGACGCUGGAUCUCGUCUGGAUCACCAGCGCUCUGUCCACGGGCCAGAUUCGAUUUACCUACGCUCCAGUGAAGCAGUUCCUCCGUGUGGAUAAAGACAAGGUCCAAAUCUUUAACCCAGCGUUCUUUAAAUACAUCCACGACCACUGGACGAGCCAUCACGGACGCUACCCCUCCACGGGCAUGCUCGUGCUCUUCUUUGCCCUUCACAUCUGCGAUGAGGUGAACGUGUUUGGAUUUGGGGCGGACAGCAGAGGGAACUGGCACCACUACUGGGAGCAGAACCGCUACUCCGGAGAGUUCAGGAAGACGGGCGUCCACGACGCGGACUACGAGGCCCAGAUAAUCGAGCGGCUCGCCAAGGCCGGCAAAAUCACCGUGUUCCCUGGGAAAUAAGCGGCUAAUCACAGACCCAGUGCGUUUAAUGUUAGAAGAAAACUCUGGAGAGGCUGCGUAGAAUGUGUGUGAUGUUCUAGCUGUCGCUCUUUAGUUUUGAUUCCCAGUUUAAAGCUAGAUAAAGAGGCCGCUUCACAAUCAGCGCACCAUUCUUGGAUCAUAGUGUUGCCUCUUCCUGGACGUGUUGAUCUAUAUGUAGGUCUGAAACUAACGCUGAAGAGUUCACCUCUAAUGUCCCUGACCACUGAUCCGUUUCCCAGAGCAGAUUCACCACAAAUAUCCUCCACCUCUGGACUCAAUCUGGCGGAAAACAUUUCCCUUUUAUGAUAAUUUAAUCCACGUUUAUUAACAAAAAAACACUCAACAUCUAACAUACUGAGACGACCACAGUUGGGGCUUUUGUUUUGCAGCUUCAUGGCGUCUCACGGCAAAUUUACAGCUCAUCGUCGGCGCCUGACCUGUUGGAUAUUUAUGAAGACGAGGAGCCCGAAGGCCUUCACACGGAAAAUUGAGGACACAAACUGUGGCGAUAUUGGAUUUUAUUGUACUGUCAAACACCUUGAAGGCACCAGGGCGACUUUUAACAGCUCCAUUAGGACCUCGGGGACAUUGUUUGAUUUGCCGUCACGCGAGAAAAAAAAAAAAUUGUUCUCCUCGAAUCACAAAUGAGGUAAAAAAAAACGUCUCUCUCGCCACUUUUCCACCAUUAAUAACUCAACUUUAUGUGAGUUCUGCCUCAAAAGACUGUUUCAUAGACUGUGUGUGUCUUUGAUGGGUCAUUAAAGACUUGUUAUAAGAUGAUUGGUGACUGCUGGGGGGUUCUGUCCUCCAAACCCUUCCAGAUCCUGACCAGCGUUUG